AUGUCAGCAGCCGCUCGUGCAUCAAAAAAAUGGGUUUUGUUAGGUACUAGCUUAGCGGUUGGUGCUUCUGGUUAUUUGCUCUGUUAUGGACCUGGCAGAAAACUUUCAUUUGAAACUAUAAAACCAGCUAGUGCAUUACCAGCACCAGAUGCACUCGAUCCUAAUGCGUUUCGUUCAUUUAAAUUAGCGGAUAGUAAACAAUACAAUCAUAAUACAAAUAUAUUUAAAUUUGCUUUUGAUGAUGCAAGAGCAAAAUAUAAUGGAAAAACUGCUUCAUGUGUCGUUUUUAAAGCAGAUAUUGACGGAAAAGAAAUUAUUCGACCAUAUACACCUACAUCACGCCCCAAUACAAUUGGUGAAUUAGAAUUUGUUAUUAAGAAAUAUCCAAAAGGCCUGAUGAGUAAACAUAUUCAUGAGAUGAAAAUGGGUGACAGCAUUCAAAUUAAAGGACCCAUUCCAAAAUAUCCAUAUGAGGCAAAUAAAUUUCAAAACCUUGUUCUUAUUGCUGGUGGAACUGGUAUUACUCCAAUGAUUCAAAUGAUCGAAGAAGUUAUUUUAAAUCCAAAUGAUAAAACAAAAAUAACACUUCUAUUCGCUAAUAUAUCUAUCGAUGACAUUUUAUUAAAAGAAGAACUUGAUAAAUUUACUGAAAAAUAUCCAGAUCGAUUGAAAGUUCAUUAUGCAGUUGAUAAAGUAGCUAAAGCUCAAGCAAAAACAUGGCAAGGCGAAGUUGGAUAUAUUUCGGGUAAAAUGUUGAAAAAAUUAUUGCCACUACCGGCUAGUAAAGAUGAUGAAAGUCUUUUGGCUAUGGUUUGUGGUCCACCUGGAUUUAUGAAAUUAAUUAGUGGAGAGAAAACAAAAGAUUAUAAACAGGGUGACUUGACUGGUCUUCUCAAAGAUCUUGGCUUUACAGAGAAGAAUGUCUUCAAAUUCUAG